AUGGCGCGCGUGCUCCUUCUGUUACUCGCCGGACUGUCUGGUGGUCUUUGUCAAGAGGCACCGCAAGUCCAAACUAGAAAUGGCUCUUACACGGGCGUUCAUCUGCCUUUACUCAACCAAGACUACUUCCUCGGCAUGCCGUUCGCCCAGCCGCCUGUUCAAGGUCCCCUUCGAUUCUCGCCUCCAGUUUCACUGAACACCUCCUGGACUGGAUCGAGAGACGCUACUCAAUUCGGCAACAUUUGCUACGGCUACGGUAAUGACAACAACAGGCUCGCGGCACUUGGUUUCAAGAUCUCCGAGGACUGUCUGAGCAUCAACGUCGUUCGCCCUUCUAACUACACAGAUCAGUCGCUACCAGUUGCUGUGUACAUCUACGGUGGAGGCUAUUUCCAAGGUGGCAGCGCCGAUCCUCGGUUGAACUUCUCGUCUAUUAUUCGGGACUCUGUUACAGCUGGGAAGCCCAUCAUUGGCGUUAGUUUCAACUAUCGUCUUUCCGCCUUUGAAAACAUCGCCGCCUUUGGAGGAGAUCCUACCAAAGUAACCAUAUUCGGAAACAGCGCGGGUGCAGGUUCUGUCGGUGCCCAGCUUCUGGCGUACAAUGGACGCGACGACGGACUGUUCAGAGGGGCCAUUUCACAGUCUGGAGCUCCUUGUUUCAAUACAGUCCUCGAUAUCGCAAAGUGGGACGAAGUCUAUGAGAAUAUCACACUCGCCACAGGCUGCACUACGACUGAUACGCUUGAAUGUCUACGGAACAUCCCAAUCGAGGUUUUGAACGCUGUAGUCAAUUCUACAGCCACUUCAGGAGCUUCCUACGGAUUAGUGUUUGACGGCGAUUUCGUUGCCAAUGCCCCAGGAGCGCAGCUGGCCAAGGGCAACUUCGUCAAGGUUCCAUACAUAAUCGGCCACAACACAGACGAAGGAUCAGCCUUCAUCCCGGGCAACAACUUCGACAACGCCACGUUCUAUCCGACAUCCAAGAUUGACACGGAUGAGCAGUUCAGGGAAUACAUUGUUUCGCUCAAGGCCAAUGAGACGGUUGCAAGUAGAGUGUUCGACUUAUACCGCAAGAACGCAACGGAACAGGCUCUAGCCACGUACCCGGACGAUCUCGGUGCUGAACUCGGUUAUCAAUACAAGAGAGCUGUUACGCUUGCUGGUGACUCUAACAUCAUCGCGCCCACUCGUUACACGGCUCAGAUGUGGGCGGCAUACAACGUACCUCUUUACAAGUAUCGGUGGGAUGUCAUCGUCAGCGGGCUGCCUCGCUACAUUGGCGCGACGCAUGCGAAAGAGAUCUUCUUCGUUUUCGACGACCAAAGCAGAGACGACUACGACGUGUGGCCUCUGCAAGACAAGCCUCAGUCUUUCUCUGAACUGGCUUCCAUCAUGGCAACGGCAUGGGCUAGCUUUGUUGCGACAGGUGACCCGAAUAGUAAUGGAUCCGGUGAGUGCGUCAACGGUACACGCUGGCCUUUGUAUAGCGAAUCCAAGAAGAAUUUCGUCUUCACUGGUAACGUCACUAGUCACGUCGAGGACGAUGAUACGCGUGAGCAGGAAAUCGGCUUUCUGUCAAGUCUCUUUUGA